UAUUUUUAUCUCCAGGUGUCAAACCUGUGAUCCUUUCUCCUCUUAAACAGCUCAGGUUUGAUUUAUAGCUACCUAAAACACACUUUAACCUUGGACCGAGCCCACUGCAUGUCUGUCUUUACAGCUGAAGUCAAACUAGUUACGAUAGUAAGGGCAGGCUCUGCUGUCUUCACUGAAAUGCUGUGAUUUAUUCUGCUAAACUAACGACAUCUUCAGGAUGGACAUGUCCAUCAGGCUGGCUCUGUGGCAGCAGCUGGCAGAGAGCUGUGGUCUCAGUACGGUCCAGCAGGGUCUACAGCAGGUCUGGAGUCUCCUGCUGCUCUGCCUCAUCUGCAGAGUCUGCUUCAGACUGGUCUGUGCGUCUACAUUGAAGCAUGUAGUGUCAGCUCUGACCGGGAUGUAUGCACUCUUCCUGUUCUUUGAGCUGCACAUGCUGUGGGUGCUGCUGCUCAGCGCGCUCUGUUACCUCGUCCUAGUCCUCGGCAGACACUCUAGCAGCAGAGGCGUCUUCCUCUCUGUUAUCAUCCUCGUCUUCUUACUUAUUGGGGAGUUGCAUUUAAUCGACGUGGUGACCUGGCAUAAAAUACGAGGCUCUCAGAUGGUAGUGGCUAUGAAGGCCAUCUCUCUGGCCUUCGACCUGGACCGAGGCUUAGUGAGCUCGCUGCCCUCACCCGCUGAGUUCCUGGGUUAUGUCCUCUUCGUGGGUUCCGUCGUGUUCGGCCCCUGGAUCAGCUUCUCCAGCUAUAAGCUCGCAGCUGAAGGCAGAAAACUGAGCUUCUCGUGGGUGAAAGGCUGCUCGUUCAGCCUCAUGAAGAGUCAGCUCUGUCUGCUGGUGUCCACCUGCAUCGCCCCUUACCUCUUCACACUGUUCAUCCCCAUCGAAGGGAACGCGUUCUCACAGAAGUGGAUGCAUGCUUACGAGAACGCAGUGUCUUUCCACUUCAGCAACUACUUUGUGGGUCACCUCAGUGAGGGCACCUGCAUGCUGGCUGGAGCCGGCUUCACUGAAGAGAAAGAAAACCUCAGAUGGGACAUGAGUGUGGUGAAGCCUCUCAGUGUCGAGAUGCCUCGCUCCAUGGUGCUGGUGGUGACGUCGUGGAACAUCCCCAUGUCCCGCUGGCUGAAAACCUAUGUGUUUAAAAACACCAUGAAACUGGGAACGUUUCCCGCCAUCCUGGUGACGUACACAGCCAGCGCCUUACUGCAUGGUCUGAGUUUCCACCUGGGAGCUGUUCUGCUUUCUUUGGGCUUCAUCACAUAUGUGGAACAUGUUCUGAGACAGAAGCUUGCAUCCAUCUUCAGCGCCUGUGUCCUGUCCCGGCCGUGUACCUCCGACUGCAGCCAUCAACACAAGAAAGAGUACUGGGUGAUGUUGCUGAAUCUGCUCUUCGGCCUCUUGGCCAUCUUCCACCUCACCUACCUGGGCUCCAUGUUUGAUCCUGGAGUAGACGAACAAGAAGUCGAAGAGGGAUACGCAGCCAUCCACACCAUCCAGAGGUGGUCUGAGCUGAACUGGGCGAGUCACUGGGUCGUUUUCGGCUGCUGGGUCUUCUAUCGGUUAAUUCAGUGAGACCAAAAACAUCAUAAUGCAGAGUGUGUCAGUGAAGACCAGGAUGUUGUGAUUUGAUGGAGAGGAGGAGGAUCUGCUCUGACAUGUGGAGGACUUAGUCUGCUGCUUUGGAGGUGAAGAUGGAGUCAAACUUUCUCACACCUGUUUGGAUGUCCCUGAAAACAUGCCUACUGUGGAGUGUGAGAGUGCAGUAUCUCUUGGGUUAAAGGAGCAUUCAAGACAUUUUAAAAUGAGAUGUAGAGGGGUGUCACUCUGAUGACUUGACUGAAUUAAAUAUGCGAUCUGACGAAACAGAAUCCUGCAUGCAGACCUCAAAUAAACCCAAAAAGGCGAUGAAUAACUUCUCCCUACACAUUAGAGAGAGGUAAGGUUCGAAUGUAUUUCUGCAGAACUGAGCUGUAACGAUGAGAUUCAAUGAUGUCCAACACAUUUCACUAAAGGUACUUGAUUAUAUCGAUUUUUUUAAAAGGGUCCAUACUGUAAUCGUUUAUAUAUUCUACUGUUACACCUGAGUGUUUUUUUGUAUUGCUGCUUUUUCCAUUUCUUUUCUAAUAAAAAAAACAAGAGGAA